UUUAAACAGCAAAACAGGAGGAGAGAACACUUCCUGAAGCUGAGGUAAACAGAUCAUAGCUGUGUGCUGUGAGGGGUUUCUGAACAGCUAACACUGUCCGAACUAAAAAUAGCUGAAUUCAGAUGUAUUCACUUCAGUGCCAUUCCUUUUAGUAGUCUCCACUUGUGUUUGUGACUUUUAGAGUUGGGGUGCAGUCAGAAGCUCACACAGAAAGGAAUCAGCUCUGGCUGUGGAAAUGAAACAGGAGUACCAGGAUCUCCUCCUGCAGGCGUGCGGGGCCUCGUCCCUGCGCGUGGGGGCCACGAUCCAGACACUGUGGAGCGGCUACGGCGAGAUAGUGCGGUGCCACCUGGAAGGCUGCGGCCGGCCCUCCGUAGUGGUCAAGCACGUCAAGUUUCCGGACGAGGUGGAGCACCCCGGCGGCUGGAACACCGAUCGCUCCCACAGGCGUAAGGUCAGGUCCUACCAGGUGGAGACCCACUGGUACCAGAACUACUCCACCGACGGGAGCUGCCGCAUCCCGGCCUGCCUGGCCUCCUGUUCCCAUGGCGACGAGAUGCUGAUUGUGUUGGAGGAUCUGGAUGCGGCGGGCUACGAUCAGAGAAGGACCAGAGUCAAAGAUAUAGAGAUACGGGCUUGUCUGAGCUGGCUUGCCCACUUUCAUGCUCUCUUCCUGGACGUGCCACUUGAGGGCCUGUGGCCUGUGGGUACCUACUGGCACCUGGACACCCGACCGGAUGAGCUAGAAGCCAUGGACGACCCCCAACUCAAAGCGGCCGCCGGCGACAUCGACAGGAUCCUCAGCGGCUGUCGCUUUAAGACCAUCGUUCACGGAGAUGCCAAGCUAGCCAAUUUCUGCUUCUCCCUGAGCGGAGAGGAUGUGGCGGCUGUAGACUUUCAGUAUGUCGGUGGGGGCUGUGGGAUGAAAGAUGUCGUAUACUUCCUUGGAAGCUGCAUAGAGGAAAAGGAGUGUGAAAAGAGGGUACCGGGACUUUUGGACCACUAUUUCGCAGAGCUGAAAGGGUCUGUCAAAAAGGACGUGGACUUUGAUGCUCUUGAGGAAGAGUGGAGGGAGAUGUUCGCCUUUGCAUGGACAGAUUUUUAUCGUUUCCUUCUGGGAUGGAUGCCAGGACACUGGAAGAUCAACCGAUACAGCAAACGCCUGGCAAAGGAUGUUCUGCACAAAUUGAAAGAGAAACCCUGAUUUUGAUUAGAUUUUUUUCAGCAUUGGAUUUGCUGAAUCCAUAAAUCUGAAACCUGGCAAGGAAUCACCCACAAGAAAAACCCAAAGGUCCUUUCAUUUACUGUGUCCUGUCAAGCAUGCUUUCCAAAUGCUUUAUGAAUGAAUAAAGGUUAUUCAAAAUGAUGGAGCACUUCUUUUCUGUGUAUGACA